AUGGAAAGUGCAGGAGGGGAAGCUCGGCCGGUGCUGCUGCCGCCGGUGCAAGAGCUCGCCGGCCAGCUGGGCGCCGCGGACGACGUGCCGGCUCGUUACGUCGCGCGCGCAGGCAACGACGACCUCAAGGCGACGGUAACCGCGCCUGUCCCCGUCAUCGACCUCGCCCGCCUGUGCCAGCCGGUCGCCGACGACGAGGCCUCAAAGCUCCGGCUGGCGCUCGAGUCCUGGGGUCUCUUCCUGGUCACCAACCACGGCAUGGAGGCCUCUCUGAUGAACGCCAUGAUGGACGCGUCGAGGGAGUUUUUCAGGCAGCCGCUCCAGGAGAAGCAGAAGCACAGCAACACGAUCGACGGCAAGCGCUUCCAGCUCGAAGGGUACGGGAACGACUGGGUGCCGUCGGAGGACCAGGUCCUGGACUGGACCGACCGCCUUUACCUCAACGUGGAGCCUGAAGAGGACAGGAAACUUGACCUAUGGCCCACAUGUCUCAGGGAUGUUCUGCACGAUUUCACCACAAAAUGCACGAGAGUGAAGGACUGCCUGCUUCCAGAAAUGGCGAAGCUGCUGGAGCUUGACGACGACUAUUUCAUUGACCAGUUCGGCGGCAAGGCUGACGCCUAUGCCAGGUUCAGGUACUAUCCUCCAUGCACGAGGCCGGAUCUCGUCUUCGGUCUGAAGCCUCACUCUGACGGCACAUUCGUCACGCUUCUCAUGGUAGACAACAGCGUUGGUGGACUUCAGGUUCUCGAAGAUGGAGUCUGGUAUGACGUGCCGACCAGACCUCACACCCUGCUCAUCAAUCUAGGAGACCAAAUAGAGAUAAUGAGUAAUGGGAUCUUCAAGAGCCCAGUGCAUCGGGUUGUAACAAAUGCUGAAAAAGAGAGGUUAUCAGUGGCUCUGUUUUAUUCUAUAGAUCCUGAAAGAGAAAUCCGGCCCGCGGAUAAAUUGAUAGAUGAGAACCAUCCAGCACUAUACAAGAAGGUGAAAAUCAAAGAAUAUAUUGCUGGCCUCUAUGAACACGUCGCUCGAGGGGAAAUGGUUAUCGAGACUGCAAAGAUAUAG